UUGAAUGGGUUCCUAUGAGAAGUUGAAGAAAAGUUAUGGAUAAUAAAAACAACGCUCCUUCGUUAUUAAAGUCGAUUGAGGACUAUGAUCCUAUAUUUUUCGAAUUGUUCGUCGACCAAAAACAGGAAAUACCAUAUGAUUUUGCAACCUUAUUGUGGGGAGAACAACUUCCAUAUGUCAAUGUCUUAAAAUUAUUGAUGAUGAUUUAUCGUGUUUAUUUUGGAUGGUCCGGAGUUUUUGGCUGCAACUAUGUUGGACAGAGAUAUGCUUGCUAUUGCUGUAAAUUGGUACCAUGUCGGUUGGUUUUGCUUGGUAAGAUUUGUGACGAUGCGUCGGACAAACAACAUUCGGAAAAUAUACAGCCUUGAGCCUUGAUGACCAAUGUAUAUCUCUAUUUGAGGAAUUCUCCAAAGAUCCAGAGCCGAUUGUUUCAUAGAGCUGUGAAGUUGCGUUAAACAUACUGGAUUUUGAACGAUCCGACAAACCAUUCGAGGUACUUGGAAGAUUAAGUCU